AUUUCUGCUCACUUCUUUAUUGACCCACCCUUCUUGUCACUCACUAUAAAUACACACCACCCUCUCAAUUUCUCUCCCAAAACUCUCUCUCAACAAUUGAAACAGUUUCACUCUCACCUGAUCGAUUCCCAAUGGGGAAUGUGUUCAAGAAGCUGAAGAAGGCUCUCACUCCCAAGCUCGGCUGCGACUCCUCCUCCACCGCAAAGUCUGUGCUACAGCCACGCCCCGCCGCGGAAUCGUACUCCGGAACGGCGUCGUCUGACUUCUCCUCAACCUCGUCCAACUCCUCUCUCGAGAAAUGUUGCGCCAUUUGCCUGAGUAACGUGAAAAGAGGGCAAGGUCAUGCAAUCUUCACCGCUGUGUGUUCCCACUCUUUCCACUUCGACUGCAUUGCCAAGAACGUCGAGCAUGGAAAUCUUUGUUGCCCCAUCUGCCGGGCCACAUGGGAUAUAAAUAAUGUACCGUUCCAUGCUCCCAAUAAUAGUGUGAAUCCUCAGCGAAACUACUUGGGCAGGGUCCAUCCUCAUCCUGAGCCACUUACAUUCUCUGAUGAUGAGGCUUUACUUACCAGCUCUCCUACUCAGUCACUGAUCUCCCAGGGUAUGACAAUUAAGAUUCACACAGAGUCACCUGCAAUCUCUUCUUCAGAAUCACGCCAAAAUUUUCCUGUGCUUGUCAGCAUUUGUGCACCACCUCUUGAGGGCCCUAAUGGAAACGGCCGUACACCCAUUGACCUUGUGACGGUUCUGGAUGUCAGUAGAAGCAUGGAAGGUACAAAGUUUUCCCUUCUCAAGCAAGCUAUCAAAUUUGUCAUACAAAACUUGGGGCCUUCAGACCGGCUGUCUAUAGUAUCAUUCUCAAAAACUGCUAGAAGAGUCUUUCCUCUGAGAAGAAUGUCUGAUGCUGGUCGAGAAAGUGCCAUCCUCGCUGUUGAAUCUCUUAGAUCAAAUGCUGAAACUAACAUUGCGGAAGGUAUCAAGAAAGGAGCUCGAGUCCUCAAAGAACGAAGGGAAAGGAACCCAUUUGCUAGCAUCAUGCUGUUAUCUGAUGGCAUGGAUACAUAUGCAAGCCAACUGAUGAAUCAAUUGCCUGCCUCCAUUUGUUCUAGCGAAACAGAACAUGGAAUUCCGGUCCACACAUUCGGGUUUGGCAAGGACCAUUGUCCAACCACAUUGCAUGCUAUAUCUAAUGCAUCAGGCGGCACCUUUUCCUUCAUCGAAUCAGUUGAGAUGAUACAAGAUUCCUUUGCUCUGUGCAUUGGGGGUCUUCUUAGUGUUGUGGCUCAGGAGGUUCGCCUAACUGUAAGGUCAGCUUCAAGUGGGGUGAAGAUUGUGUCGAUACCAUCUGGGAGACAUGUGAAUGAGAUUUCUGAUGAGGGUCAGCAAGGAGUUGUUCAUCUUGGAAAUAUGUAUGCUGAAGAGGACAAACAAUUUCUGGUGUACCUCUUAGUCCCAGAAUCCUCAGCUCCACAUACUAAGACCUCAGUGUUGGAAGCGUUAUGCACUUACAAAGAUCCAGCUUCAAAUGAGUUGAUGCAAGUGCGAUGUGAGAAAGUAGAGAUACUGAGACCCGAGGUUUGUUCUCCAGCUGAAAAGGCAGUGUGCUUGGAGGUUGAUCGACAGCGCAACAGAGUUUCAGUCGUUGAAGCUAUUGCAGAGGCACAACGGAUGGCUGAGAUGGGUAAUCUGGAGGGUGCAAAGGCGACUUUGGCUCAGGAAAGAUCAACUCUCUUGACAUCACCAGCCGCCCAAGCUGGGGAUAGCCUCACUACUUUGCUUGAAGCUCAGCUCACUGAAGUCAUUUACAGAAUGACAACAAUAGAGUUGUAUACACAGAUCGGCCGUGCAUACACUCUCUCAGAAAUGAGCUCUCACUCAUUGCAAAGGGCCGCAGCUAGUGGUGACUUGACAACCUGGAGUCUCAUCAUGAGAGCAGGUGGACACUCUGCCACCAAUUCUGGUGUGUUUGAAACACCUAAUAUGAGCAGAAUGCUGAGGCUAUCGCACAAUCUUGGGACUAAUCCCUAAAUCCUGCAGCAUGACAACAACUAGUAUAUACUGAUCGACCAAAUAAGUCUUAGCUUGACCCCAAUUUGGGUAGCCAUGGUGUGAGUAGGACGCAGCAUUAAUCAUUGACUGCUUCAGUAAUAGACUGAUCGGAAACAGAAAUGUUAUAUAUUUCCGAUCAGUAAUCGCCUUAAUAGUUUGUAUGGAUCGGAUUUAUCGUAUUAUAGAGAAGAUCAGUACUGAUAAUUCGAGUUAAUUAUAUUGGUUUGUGUAGGAUAAUAAACCAAGCCUUGAGUAAAUAAUUAACUCCUAUAUAUAUAUCAG